AUGCCAGACGACCCACAGGCGUCCCUCAUCGGCGUCGCUAUCGCAUGUGCGGGCAACAUUCUCAUUUCCCUCGCCCUGACAGUACAAAAGCUCGCUCACAAACGAGGAGCCGAGAAGGCUGCAGCAGCACAGGCUGUUGAAGCCGCAUCCAAGUUUGGCCGGCUGUCACUUCACGGUCCACCCCAUAUUGACCAGCUUGUUCUCAACGACGACUACGUCGACCCCCUGACGCCGACGACCCGCCCCCUCCCUGCGUCGCGCUUGCCAGGCUCCGACCGCAAUGGUGGCCGGACGGACAUUCCGUUGUCCUCGAGCAGUGGGACCGAUACACCACCGCUUGCCUCGGAGGGCACAUACCUCACCUCGCGGUUAUGGUGGUUUGGCCUCGGCUUAAUGGCCGUCGGGGAAGCAGGCAACUUUCUGUCGUACGGAUUCGCUCCAGCUUCUGUCGUUGCCCCUUUGGGAACCGUCGCUCUCAUCGCAAACUGUGUGUUUGCGCCCCUCGUCUUGGGGGAGAGCUUUACCAUGCGGAACGUGAUGGGAAUGCUCCUCGCGAUUCUCGGUGCUGUCACCGUCGUGUGGUCGAGCCGGGACUCAAAUAAGCGGAUGUCCCCCGACGAGCUAUGGGCUGCGAUAACUGCCCCUUUGUUUAUUAUUUACACGGCCGUAAACAUCGCCGUCAUUGUCCCCCUUACCCUCCUUUCUUCUCGCGAUUCCUGGGGCGGCAAGUACAUCGGCAUCGACGUUGGCGUUUGUGCCCUCUUUGGCGGAUACACCGUCAUGGCCACCAAGGCGCUCUCGUCGCUCGUGUCGACAAAGUUCCUUGCCGCACUGCGGUAUCCCAUUGCGUGGGCGGCUAUUGUGGUGCUCGUGGCCACGUCCGUGUUCCAGAUCAAGUUUUUGAAUCGUGCGCUCAUGCGCUUCGAGUCCAAGGAGGUGAUACCCACUCAAUUUGUCUUCUUCUCCCUCUCAGCCAUCAUAGGCAGUGCGGUGUUGUACAACGAAUUCCAAGACGUUGGAUUCUCGCAUUUUGUCAACUUUACUUUCGGAAUUGCCACCACCUUCCUUGGCGUCUACUUCCUCACCACCCCUGGCAAUGUUGCCACGGAGGCGCCGUCCCGUACCUCUCUCGAGGUCGUGGACGAAGAAACCCCUCUUCUUACACCACCACGCCGCCCCUCUCUCGUACCCAACCUUCCUAUCGGCAUCGGUGCCGCCCCAGCCCUCCCACCUGCCCAUGUAGGUCGCCUCAUAAAACGCACCUCCUCCACCAACCUCGCCGUCGGUAUCAACUCGCAAGGCAGCCUGCUCCUUCUCGCGACCACACCGCCGGUCACGCCCAGUGCACCCGGUGGCCAUAGCCAUGGUCACACGAGGGACAGGUCGAUGAGUCUGGGCCGUGCGUUUUCCGGGUUGACCCGCUGUAUCUUCUAG